AUGCCCCAGGCCAAGCAGCCCUUCCCGCGCCUCAAGGCCGACGGAGACCCCAAGAUGAUUGGGCUGUGGAAGGUGGGCAGGACGAUUGGCAAAGGCAGCUCAGGUCGCGUCCGCCUCGCGCGCCACUCGAAGACGGGCCAGUACGCGGCGGUGAAGAUCGUCUCGAAGACGGCGCUGCUCUCGUCGCGCAUGACGCUCGGGAGCCUCGCCGACGAGGCGGACCGCAUCCUGCACAGCAUCGAGCGCGAGAUCGUGCUCAUGAAGCUCAUCAACCACCCGCACAUCCUCCGCCUCUACGACGUCUGGGAGACCUCCUCCGAGCUCUACCUCAUCCUCGAGUACGUCGAGGGCGGCGAGCUCUUCGACCACCUCUGCGCCCGCGGCCGCCUCCCCGCCCCCGAGGCCCUCGCCUACUUCCAGCAGAUCAUCGCCGCCGUCGACUACUGCCACCGCUUCCACAUCGCCCACCGCGACCUCAAGCCCGAGAACCUCCUCCUCGACGGCCAGCGCAACAUCAAGGUCGCCGACUUCGGCAUGGCCGUCUGGCAGGGCCCGAGCGACAUGCUCAGCACCGCCUGCGGCUCCCCGCACUACGCCGCGCCCGAGGUCGUCGUCGGCGACGCCUACGACGGCACCGCGUCCGACAUCUGGUCCUGCGGCGUCAUCCUCUUCGCGCUCCUCGCCGGCCGCCUCCCCUUCGACGACGACGACCUCGGCGUCCUCCUCGAGAAGGUCCGCCUCGGCCGGUUCCACACCCCGACCGACGUCGACCCCCGCGCCCGCGACCUCAUCCGCCGCAUGCUCGAGCGCGACGUCAAGAAGCGCAUCACCAUCCCCGAGAUCGUCCGCCACCCGUUCUUCGUCAGCCACAAGCCCAAGCUGACGCAGUGCGACGUGCCGAGGCUCGAUGCGAUCGCCCGCCCGCUCGCGAGCGCGACCGAGGUCGACCCCGACAUCUUCGCGAACUUGCGCACGCUCUGGCCGGGGGCGGAGGACGAAGAGCUGCUGAGGAACCUGCUGGACUCGAAGCCGUCGUGGGAGAAGGGGGUGUAUCAUUUACUGCUGCAGUACCGCGCGACCCGUCUCGAGGACUACGACGAGGAAGAGGAGCGCCACGAGGCCGACCGGCGCGCUAAGAGGCGGAAAGCGAAGAAGGCGGCUGCGAGGGAGGAGAGGGAACAAGCGCUGGCGGAACUCCCCCCGCGUGCUGGACCUCCAACGCCAUCCCGUGCGAUCACCAGGAAUGUCGUCCCAACCAGGUCGCCGUCGCCAUCACCAACGCCAGGACCGAGCCGGGCUCGAAAACCUCAACUCCAGGCCGCUUCUGACUUGCUCCUGCUUGCCUCCGCCGACGACACUCCUGAAGCGCGUCCCCUUGAUCGUCCAGUCCAGGUGCCACAAAUCCAAUUGCCGCAAGUCGAAAUAGCGAGCCCGCGUACCAUCAUGCAAGAGAUAGCGCAGCACGUCGUCGCCACGCACGGCGGACGAGCACCCGCGCCUGAGCCCGGACCGCUCGAGGACCUCUUCUCGCCCGUUACAGGGAUUCCGGUGAACAAGGGCAAGGGAAGAAGCAAAGGGCUUGAAGACGACCCCUUCACAGAACGCAAGGAGACCCGUCCUCUGACGGUACAUCGACGAGUGAAGUCGGCCGCAGACAAGGAGAACGCGCCCAGCGCGCAUGCCGCGUCCUCGACGCCUGGGCUCUCCCCUUCCCCCGUGUCCACCGACGAUCCCUUCUUGCUGGCGCCGCCCCCUACGGUUGUCGAGCGUGGGCGCGUCAAGAAGCGAUUCAGCCUGCUCGCGUCGCCGAUCUCCACUCCUGCAUCGCCCGCGGUCUUCCACCGGUCUUCGACGCCUAAGCAGCGCUGGUUCAACGCGCUGUUCCGGGUGCAGCCCACCACCUUCCGCCUCCUCUCGACGCGUUCUCCGUCAGAAACCCAUGCUGUCACUCGGGAGCUUCUGACGUGUCUUGGAGCCGUGGUGGGACCUCCGGGGAACGACUCAGCGUCGGGCGCGCUGAGCUCCGCAGGGGUGUUGGGAGUGAAAGCGCAGACGGACUUGCAGGCGGAAGCGGAGGCGAUGGAGGAGGCACAUCGGUAUGGUCACAAGCACAUCCAGGUGCUGCAGCAACAUACGCGGGAAGUGCGCUUCCGGGUGGAAAUUGGGAAGCCAAGCGCGGCGCACGCGGAGGCGGGGUACGGGCUGCUUGUGCGGCUGGUUCUGGAGAAAGGCGCGGCGAGCGGAUUGAAGUUGCUAUAUGUGCGGAUGAAGAAGGAGUGGGACCUUGAUGAGCUUCCGGUCGUGGGCGAUGGGAGGUUGCGCAUGAGGAGCAUGGAUGAAGAGCGAUACGUGGAGGUUGUGGUGGAGGAUUGA